GGCCCGCACGUCCCGCCCCCCCAGGCUGACGGACUUCAUUUCCCAUCGUGCCGGGGCGGGUGGCAUGGCGGAGAAGGAUGACACCGGAGUUUGACGAAGAAGUGGUGUUUGAGAAUUCUCCACUUUACCAGUACUUGCAAGAUUUGGGCCAGACCGACUUUGAAAUAUGUUCUUCCGUGUCACCAAAAGCAGAACAAUGCACCUCCGAAGAGGGACAGCAAGAGAAUUCUACCAAGAUGCCAUCAAAUGGUAUCCUGUUAAACUGGGCUGAAAGCUUCACCAGGUGGACGUCGCUGUUUCAGUGCUGUAGGAAUGAUGACUUGCUCCACAAAUUGGAUGUGGGAUUCCGACUUGACUCCAUCCAUACCAUCCUGCAACAGGAAGUGCUGCUACAAGAGGAUGUGGAACUGAUUGAGCUCCUCGACCCCAGUAUCCUGUCGACAGGGCAGCCUCAGCAACAGGAAGAUGGACACCUUCCAACUCUUCGCUCCCUAGCAACUCCUAAUAUUUGGGAUGUCUCAAUGCUGCUAGGCUACAUUAGUUUCUUCAUUAUGAUUCCUGCUUGGUGGAAUAUAUCUUCCUGGCCACUGUGGGGACUAAUUCUCAUUGUUUACUUGGUUAUAAGAGCUUCAGGCUGGUGGAGGACAGCCAGUUUACAAAUGACUCUAAGAAAAUACAAUGUCCAGCUAGAAGACACAGUAGCGAAUAGCCGCGCUUUUACCAACCUUGUGAGAAAGUCUUUACGCCUCAUUCAAGAGACUGAAGUUAUUUCCAGAGGAUUUACCCUUUUGCUUGACAGGGUCAGUGCUGCUUGCCCAUUCAACAAAGCUGGACAGCAUCCUAGUCAGCAUCUCAUCGGCCUUCGGAAAGCUGUCUACCGAACUGUUAGAGCCAACUUCCGAGCAGCAAGGCUAGCCACCCUCUAUAUGCUGAAAAACUACCCUCUGAAUUCGGAGAGUGACAACGUGACCAACUAUAUCUGUGUGGUACCUUUUAAGGAGCUGGGCCUGGGACUGAGUGAAGAGCAGGUGUCCGAGGAAGAGGCACAUAACCUGACAGAUGGCUUCAGCCUGCCCGCACUGAAGGUUUUGUUCCAGCUGUGGGUAGGACAGAGUUCGGAGUUCUUCCGACGGCUGGCACUGCUCCUGUCCACUGUGAAUGCACCCCGGGGGCCUUUCCUCACGCCUGCUCUUUCCUCUCAUCAUGUCCUAUAUGAUGUGACUCAAGGUCUACCUCACGCGCAUGCUGCUUGUUUGGAAGAACUUAAGCGCAGCUAUGAGUUCUAUAGAUACUUUGAAACUCAGCAUCGGUCAGAGGCGCAGCGUUUAUCCAAAACAAAGCAGAAAUCAAGAGAACUGAGCAGCCUUCACACAGCGGUACGCAGCCUCCAGCUCCAUCUGAAAGCUUUGCUGAAUGAGGUUAUAAUUCUUGAGGAUGAACUUGAAAAGCUUGUUGGUACUAAGGAAGCAAAUGCACUAGAAUCCGAGGCCUAUCAAGUCCUGGAGCAGAAGUUAAAGUUGCUCCAGCCUCGGGUUCAAGCUAGCAACAGCUGCUGGGAAGAGGCUCUUUCUCAAGUUGAUAAACUGGUGCGAAGAAAUUCAGAUAAAAAAGGCAAACCUGAAGUAGCAUGCGAAGCCCCACACUGUGCCACGGUACCUUUGCCACGGCCUGCACUACAUAUUGAGGACAAGGACCCAAUACCUGAAGAGCAGGAAUUGGAAGCUUAUGUGGAUGAUACAGACAUGGACAGUGAUUUCAGAAGAGAUGACUUUUAUUAUUUGUCUCAAGAAGACAGAGAGAGGCAGAAGCGGGAGCGGGAAGAAUCUAAGAGAGUUUUACAGGAAUUGAAAUCAGUGUUAGGAUUUAAAGCCUCAGAAUCAGAGAGGCAGAAAUGGAAGCAGCUUCUGUUUAGUGAUCAUGCUGUGAUGAAACCCUUGUCUCCUGUAGAACCAAUGGAAUCCAUAAAUAAUUCAGAAUCAUCUGUGAAUUCAAAUAAGGAUAAGGAUGGUCAUAAAAGUGAAAGUGACCCUGAAGAGGGAAAUAGUGAACUAAAUCCUACCCCGAAUGACAGUGAAAUAAGUAGGACUGAGUACUUACGUGAUGGUCCUUCGCACUGUCAGAAUGAAGACAGUACUGUGAAGGAAAGCUUGCUGGCAGAGGCUGAAGAGAGAACAUGUUACCAGUGUGAGAGUGAAGGCGGGUCUGAGCAGAUCCCGGAGGGUGGCUUGGAGACUCUUCAGCCAGCACUCAGUGACUCUGUACAGACCUCCAUCCGGGAGAGGCUGGCGCGCCUCCACCCAGCACCGGAUUUCAGCAUCACUGCUGGUCUUGCCGCACAAGUGGCUGCAAGAUCUCUCACGUUUACCAACAUGGAGGAACAUACUUUUGAAGACAGUGAGACAGAGGAGGAAGAUGAAGGAGAAGAACAGAGACCCCAGACGAGACAAGAAAAUGUAAACAAGGUAGAAGAAAGUGAGAACAAAGAAACAAAUGUAGAAAAUGAAGGAACAUAAUUCUCAACACUUACGAAACACUGUCUUGGCUUCUUAGCUGGAUAAAGAAGUUUAAAGUGUUCCAUUAAAAGGGAUGAUGAAUGUAAGGGGUUUACUUUAUAAGGUUUCACAGAGAAGAUCAUAGUUGGAAAAACUGCUCUAAAUUAUUUACUCUUAAAUGGCACACUGGGAGAGAGUUUCCAUUUUCUUGCAUAUGUGAGAACAUGCAAGGUCUCCCUAGAGGAAACUGCUAUUUUAUUAUUAUGACAUUGACUGAUACUAUGGAAAUGAUUUCAAGAUUUUGUCAAUUUAUCACUUAUAAUACAAAAUGUGUAUUUCCCAUUUAUGGCCUGAAUUUGCUCUUGAAAAAGGUAAUUGGAAUCACAUUGAAAAAAGAUGAGUAUUUGCUCUGAUGCCUUCUUUACCACUUUACUACUACCUUUGCACUUAGUAACUGUAGUAUAUGUGUGUUCAUGGCAAGUCAUCUGUAAUUUCUUUAGUUCAUUACAAUCCUAAAACAAGAGUAUAGGUUUAAAUAAAAAUAUUCAACUAUCUAUAUAAUUUAUGUGUCCUAGGGUUUGGGGUUGGAAAGUAGUUCCAAGAUAACUAGAGUGCCACCUUUGUGGUUUCCUGUGUUUCUUUAUACGUGUGUAUAUUGAUUAGAAUUUCCAGGUGAGUUAAUGACCAUGUGUGGGGUUUUUGUAACAUUUGGUUGAAAGACCUUUUGAUUUUUCUCUUGGUUAUCUGUCAUUUCUAUUGGCUAUCAAAAGAACACACUCCAUUUUUGUUCUUCCCUAGGUUUAAAGGUAUGUUAUGGUAUAGUGUGGAUUAUCUUUGGGUUUCAUAAAACCACAGAUUGUGAUUCUGGUAUCUUAACUGUUUAAGUGAAGAAAUCUUCUGUGCCAAGGUGAUUGUUUUCAAAAGUUGGCAUACUAUUGUACAUGGAUGGUUGAGAUCCUUUAUACUUGCAGGAAGAGUAGAUGUUUGUUGUGGCCAAAAUUUGGGACCCAUCAGGAAAUUAAUGUGAGUAUGUGUUUGGGAGCCUGUUGUAUUUUCUUAAAAAUGUUUAAUGAAAUUUAAGAGAAAAAAUGCGCUCUAUGUAUUGUGUCAUCAUGUCUUAUAUAAAUUCUUUGCAUUUCUCUUA